UUACAAACAAUUUGAAUUUUGGUUGCUUCCUUUGCGCUCAUUAAGAAAACCCAUCGAUACGUUAGUCUCGACCCAUCGAUAACAGAAAAAGAAUGCAGAAUAUCGUUUGUGCCCAGCUCUAAGCAACAAAAACUUUAGUGAAAAGUCGGCAGAGAAAUGCAACGCCAAAUUAACUAAAUUUGCAGCGAAAACAAAUACAGAAUCCCAUAAAAAGUAUACACAACAGGGGCACAAGGAGAGCAUAGUUUACUCAAACCACUGGCGACGGAAUUCAGUGACUAACGGUGGCUGCAACAUUUAAAUGGCCAAUGGCAAUGGGAACAAUAUCAAUACGGACGAUGCUGCCGCUGCUGCCAAUACAGCCACAGCUGCACAGGAGCAACAGCACCUGACCGGCGAUGGCAAUGGAGCCUGCGGCGAUGCCAAGCUGCCGGCAAGUACGCGUAGCGACAAUGUCAACGACCUGGUGGCAGACUUAUGGCUAAAUGGCAGCGCCAGCAGCUCUAGUCGUGGUGAUUACACAAAUAUACGGGCCACGACUGGUUCGGCGACAAUGAUUGCCACAGCAGCAACAGCAGCCGCAGCGCCCCCAGCUGCARCAGCAGCUGCAACAGCAACAGCGAGUGCAACAAACWGCACUAAUGCCACCGCCUCCGCCUCUUCCUCAUCCACAUCAACAUUUUCCUUCAAGCACUUUCUCAACAGCAGCGGCACAAUUACAGCGCCAAGCAGCACAGUCACAUCCCUUGAUGCAACGGGCGGCACGAGUGCCUGCAGCAGCAGUAGCAGCGGCAGCAACACAAAUGCAAGCUCAACGUCAACCGCUGCGCUACAAACGUCAACGGGCGCCAGGCCAAAGGUACCACAAUCUGCAUCCGUGAGCCAUAUGCAGCCGGAUUUGAAUGGCAGCGCCACCUCUAAGAUGAAGCGUUCGCCACGGUUCAGCUCCUUCGACUCGCAGGCGAGUCUGGCCGAGUAUGCAGCGUGUGGCGGAAGUGGCAACAGCUCCAGYUCGACACGGCUACGUCCGGAUCUGCGGCUGGAGGUGGAGCGCAGUGGCAUCAUGCUGGAUGAUGAUGAUGACUACGAGCACUUGGGCCUAGCCCAGGUGCGGAACAGUCGCUUGUACGAUGACCGCGUCGACGAUG